AUGUCUCUCGACGUAUUUGGACGUUCCUUUAGAAAAAGUGAAAAUUCAAUUCGUGGACCUCCUGGUGUUGGCUUCAAGAUCACCACUGAAGGACACUUUGAUAUUGAAAAUAAAAAAUUACGCAAUAUAGCUGAAGCUUCGGAAAACAAUGAUGCAGUAAAUUUAAAAUUGGUGCAAAAUUUAUUAGAAAAAGAUGCAGAAGAAUUCUACAAUAAGUUACACAAGCCUGCGAGAAGAAAUUAUUCAAGACGAAAAUUUGACAUUCGAGGAAUCGAUGAAACUUGGCAAGCCGAUCUUUUGGAAAUGACGACAUAUGCAAAGGAAAAUAAAGGUUACAAAUACAUUUUGACUAUCAUCGAUAUUUUCUCAAAAUUUGCCUGGGCUGUUCCUGUAAAGAAUAAAACUGGUGAAGACGUUACUGCUGCUAUGAAAUCAGUACUGCAUCAAGGUCGUGUGCCAAAAAAUUUACACGUUGAUCAAGGAAAAGAAUUCUACAAUACGCACUUUAAGAAUCUCAUGAAACAAUAUAAAAUAAAUAUGUAUUCUACAUUUAGUAAUUUAAAAGCUGCAAUUUGUGAACGAUUUAAUCGUACAUUAAAAAAUAAAAUGUGGAUGCAAUUUAGUUUACACGGAUAUACACCAAAUUGGACAACAGAAAUCUUCACCAUUGAUGUUGUAAAUAAUACUGAACCAACGACUUACUUACUAAAAGAUUAUCAAAAUAAUCCAGUUGCUGGAAAUUUUUAUCAACAAGAACUCGCUCCAGCUAAUAAUCCUGAUAUUUAUUUAGUUGAAAAAUGGGUGAAAAAACCUUGUGACGUGACCAUUAUGGAAGAACCAAAAAAUUUAAAAGAAAUUAAUGAAGGUGACAUUGUCGUGGUGGACUAUCCUAAUAAAGGCUUAUUUAAAGGAACUCUUCUUAGAAGAAGUGGUGAAUCGAAAGCGGAAGAAAAUUUGACAGAGCCUAGUAAUUCAACUGAAACUAAUUUUGACAAAGAAAUAAAUUUAACAGAAGGAGUCGAAUUAACUCAAAUUAUUGAAAAAGAAUCUCAUACUACAGUCAAUAAUAAAGGCGCCGAAGAAUCUAUAGAAUCAAUUGAAAAAAGCAUUUCUAAUGGGGAUAAUGAGAAAAAUCAGAUAUUAAAUGAACAAGAAGUACCACUUGAAGGAGCUAAAUGCUCUAAAAAUGAACGUGAAAUUGAAGGAAAUGACGAUAAAUAUACUCAAAAAUCUGUAACAUCAAAUGUAGCAAUAAAAUCUGAUGAAAGAAACUUUUCAAAUAGAGGAAAUGAGAAUAAAAAAUUAUUUGGUGAAAAGGAGGCAUUAAAUAAAGGAGAAUGUGAAGAGAUUGAAAAGGAUCUCGUUAUUGCAUCUGAUCUAGAGGAAUUACUCACUGUAACAAAUGAGAGAGAAAUAAUAAAUAAAAAUAAAGUUACAGUUGAAGAUGAUGCAUUUAAAAUAAGUGACAACGAAAAACAGAAUAAGGAAAAUAAAAACGGAAACCAAAAAGAAGACGAGAAAAUUGUUAAUUCUAGAAUUCGAAAAAUUAAUGCAACAGAAAAUAAUUUUAUAAUUGAAAGUAAUGAAGAUGCAAGAAAAUUUAUAAAAUCAAAUGAAAUAAAUAGUGGUAUAUCUGAUGAAGAAAGCGUUUUAAACGGAGAAAAUGAGAAAGAAAAAUUAGUGAACAAAAAAGAAGCAUUAUUUGAAGGAGAUUUUGCAGGAAGCAAAGAAACUGAAAUAAAUGACGUUAUAUCUGAUAUAGAUUUGGUAACCGUAACAAAAGAGGAAGAAAUAAUUAUGAGCAAAAACGAAAUUACAGCUGAAAAUGCAAUGGAGAAUGAAAAUGUGACAAAUAAUAAAACGAAUAUUGCAAAUAUUAAAUUUGAAGAUAUUUUUACGGAUGUAACAUCAGAAGUUGUGACUUUCUGCCAAAAAUUAGCAAUUUAUGCUAAAAAAGCAUUUGAUGAAAAAAAUCAAUUGAAGCCAUCCAUGAGUUAA